AUGAAAGGCUUCAGGCAAAGAGUGCAAGAACAGCUCUCGCGAAACAAAGAUCGAGAGGGCAACAAGCUCGCCAAGAAGAAGGAUGGCUCGUCUGGCACAGCCUCACCUCAUGGCGGCUCCUCGGGACAGUCGCCGGCCAACUCGAAUGCAGUCACGCCAACCUCAUCCACAUCCAACCUCGUAGAUCCUCGAAAUAAGCCUUUGCCGGGUCCGGAAGGCCCUACACAGCCAGGGCCAGGCGCACCAUCGCCCGGCACACAGCAGGCCAACACGGGCUUUGGAUUCGGUAUGGGACAGGGACAACAGAUGAACAAUGGCGGCGCGCAAAGUCCCGGCUCGGGGCCCGGGCAAGGGCUCGGCACCAUGACACGGCACAGCUUACCAGGCGGACCACCCAGCGUGGUAGUGUCUCCGAGCGCACCUCACAUCCCUCCUCCUGGUGCAGCAGAAACGAUGCCACAUGACCUCGCACCUCCCAAAGCCGGUACGAAGAGCUUGAUGUUUGAUCGUCUCCAGGCCACGCCAAAAGACACAGUGCCAGAAGGCAUCCGAACACCUAAAAGGCAGCACUCUUCCCGCUUCGACAUCUCAGAUCAGCGCCAGCGUGAGCUCGAAAAGCUGCCAGGCUUCCACGAGGUCCCUCCAAACCGCCGCCAAGAGCUGUUCAUGCAGAAGUUGGAUCAAUGCAACAUCAUCUUCGACUUCAACGAUGCAUCGGGAGACAUGAAGAGCAAGGAGAUCAAGCGUCUUGCAUUACACGAGCUUCUGGAUUAUGUCGCGCAGAACCGCCAAGUCAUCUCCGAGCCCAUGUACCCACGAGUAGUCGAGAUGUUCGCCAAGAACUUAUUCCGACCCAUACCACCGCCUAUGAACCCACAAGGCGAAGCAUUUGAUCCGGAGGAAGACGAACCCGUCCUGGAAGUCGCCUGGCCGCAUAUCCAAGUCGUCUACGAAUUCUUCCUCCGCUUCAUUGAGAGCCAGGACUUCAACACAAACUUUGCGAAGCAGUACAUCGAUCACGGCUUUGUGUUGCAGCUACUUGAGCUUUUCGACUCCGAGGACCCGCGCGAAAGGGAUUUCCUCAAGACCACACUCCACCGGAUCUAUGGCAAGUUCCUCAACCUGCGAUCAUUCAUCCGACGGAGCAUCAACAACGUGUUCUUCCAAUUCAUCUACGAGACGGAACGAUUCAAUGGUAUCGCGGAGCUUCUGGAAAUACUCGGAUCCAUCAUCAAUGGUUUCGCUCUUCCGCUGAAGGAGGAGCACAAGCUCUUCCUCACACGCGUGCUCAUUCCGUUACACAAAGUGAAGAGCUUGAGCAUGUAUCACCCGCAGCUGGCAUACUGCAUUGUACAAUUCCUCGAAAAGGACGCGGCGCUUACUGAGGAGGUGGUGCUGGGUCUGCUACGCUAUUGGCCCAAGGUCAAUAGUACGAAGGAAGUCAUGUUCUUGAACGAGGUCGAAGAUAUUUUCGAGGUUAUGGACCCGGCCGAGUUUGCGAAGGUGCAGGAACCGCUGUUCAAUCAGCUUGCGAAGAGUGUUGCUAGCCCACACUUUCAGGUUGCUGAACGAGCGCUCUACUUCUGGAACAACGAAUACUUCUGCAACCUCGUCAGCGACAACGUGGAUGUCAUCCUCCCGAUCAUGUUCGCACCACUGUACGAGAACUCGAAAGGACACUGGAAUAGAACCAUCCACGGCAUGGUCUACAACGCCAUGAAACUCUUCAUGGAAGUGAACCCACAACUUUUCGACGAAUGCUCCCACGACUACACCGAACAACAGAACAACGCCGAAGCCGUCAAACAAAACCGCCAAGCGAAAUGGGACCGCCUGUCCCAACUCGCCGAGUCCAUGAAAUCCAACGUCAACGGUGGCGCACACAACACGGCCGUCAGCCGACCCCCUGAAGCCUACGGUGGCGGCCGCAACGGAGCUGGAAUUGGAGCUGGAGCUGGAACCAGUGGUGCCACGAAUCUGGCUCAGUAUAUCCGCCCGGACGGUGCUGGGGCGAUCUCGCCGGGGAGCGAUGGCUUGGCGCAGGAUAGUCAGCGUAGGAUGGAGCAGUUGCGGUUACAGGAUGAUCGGGAACGGACGGGGUCUAGGUCGGGGCCGAAUAAGGACUACAACUCGGUACGUUGA